CUUUGUCUCAGCUAUAAAAAAAAAAAAUUCAUAUAUUCGUGGUUCAAUGUAGACCAGUCAUUCUUCUCUCACCGACACUUGUUAGUCAGUAGUAUAAUCGUCAAUUGACUAAUCGUUACUGGAUAAAAUUUCUUUUUUUCUGUGUUUCCUCAAACCUUUAGAUACACUGAUACAGAUAAAGCCUUUGUCAAUAAAUUAUUUAAGUUUAUUAUUUUUGCGCUAGCGUACCAUUUUCAACCACUCGGAGUGGAUCUUUUACUUUUUCCUCCCCAUACAGUAUCUACACCGGGAGGCUCAUACUCGAUACUUCCCUGUUCCUUUCCAGUCUUCCAAGCAAGCAUCAGGGAUAAGCAACAUCGAGUCGGUUCUCACUGAUUGAGAUCAUCGUCGAAACUCUCCUACAUACUAACUACGUGUUCACGCGUUGCUGUGAUAAUCGACCCGACCAUUUGGACACUCCACGAUACAUCCCCGUCGGUAAACGCAUUGGUACCCGAACUCGACCGAAAUUAUUUUUUAUUUUAUUUUAUUUAGUACCCGGUCCGUACCGUCAUAAUGCGUCAAGAUGGCCGAUGAUUCUCCAAACGUUUCUCGUCCCGUCUCUUCUCUCGCUCAUCAUCCUCUUCCUACCUCUCUACCUUCCAAUUUAUCCUGUUCGUCCUUCCACGAGAUGCCGCGCACUAGGAGGUUACGUCUACUUGUCGCCGCCAAUGGCCAGAGGGACGUCGCAUACGCCCAGGCGAUCGCCGUGCGCCUACUCAAAGAUUCCCAGAUCGAAACUCGAGCUCUCGUCGACGAGAUACCUGUCCGAUUGACCCACGAUAUAAUUGUCAUGGAGAAUAGGAGUUUGGCGGCUCUGGCGGUCGACGCUGAUCAGAGGACUAGGGAUGCGAUAGAAGCAGCAAGACAAACUGCUUUCGAGCUUGUUGAUUGGGCCGACUUGCUUGUUCUAGCACCUAUUGACGCCGACCACCUCGCUAAGAUGAUGUCCGGUAUUGCCGAUACUACACUUCUAGAAAUACUAAGAGCAUGGGACGUUUCCAAGAAGAUUCUACUCGUGCCUGGCAUGUCCGUACAGAUGUGGGAAAAUCCCAUGACGAAAAAGCAACUGAGCAAGAUCAAGCGCAAGUGGAAUUGGGUCAAGGUCAUGGCGCCCGUACUUUGGCACUACGAGGGACAAAGUGCGCAUAAGCGCAUUGUGUCUUGGGAUGGGUUUAACGACCUCGUUGGCAUAAUAAAAAAUCAGGCAGAAUUAAUGAGCCUAGGACACGACGUCGAAGUCGCCACCCAACAAGCAAUGCAUACAACCGCACCGAGUCGAUCUACCAAAACAUUGCCUCCCGAAAUAUGGACUAUUAUAUUCGAGCAUGUUGGCGAUUGGGAGGUAGCCACUGCUCUUAACAUAUAUACGAAUCUAAAAACUCCACCAGAAUGGAGAACAGAUCGUGCCACCCUUACUGAUCCUAUCGAAUUAUAUAUGCACGAUCUCGAAUGGCUAAUUCUAUCAUGUCCCGGAUCGAAGGCUAUCUGCGACAAACUAGCUGAGGCACCUAAAGGACUCCGUUACGUUUCUUAUUUGGCUGUUAAACUCAUCAUAAAGUUUUCGUUAACCGAUGUCCUCACCUACCUCGAAGCACAUCUAAGCAAGAUCUUCUGGGCCUCGUUUAGCUCCAAAUUACUUCCUAACAAGGCUUCGGGAGUAUAUGGUCGCACGGAUAUUCUCGAUUGGUGGAAUACAUCUCCUUCGUUCCUGAAAAAGGAAUACGACGCCGAAGCACUAGAUAACGCGUCUCGCAUGGGCUACGUCCAUGUGCUAGAUUGGUGGCUACGUUCCGGCCUUGCGCUUAAGUAUACUGAAGCCGCGCUUGAAGCCGCCUCGGCGAAGGGGCACCUACUCGUUCUGGAAUGGUGGCGCGACGCAGCACUUAAACACGAUAACAUCCCACUCAAACCCGGCCGCAGUCUACUCACAGCCGCCCAACGCGGACAGACCGCCGUUCUUCGGUGGUGGGAAUCCUCCGGCAUACCCGCGGCGCAUAGCGAAGGCGUAUGUAAAAUCGCCAGCGCCCACGGACAAACAAGCGUCCUGGAUACCUGGCGCGAACUCAAAGGCGACAAACUCUCCUUCGACGCACAAGUUUUAGUAGCUCCCACGAAACAAGGAUACGUUGAUGUACUCGAGUGGUGGAAGCAAUACGCAAGAGGCGAACAACCCGGUGAUGGCGGGAGGACGCGACGGGUUGAGUAUAAGACUUGUGAUAUUGAAGAGGCGCUUGAGGAUGCUAUUGGAGAUCCACGACCGGUUAGACGGUGGUGGGCUAGGAAUGGGCUGAAUUUGGGAUUGGGGACAAAUGAGUGGAUGAAAGUUAGGAGGCUUUAGGUUGGUGAGGG